AUGGAGGUUCCAGAGAAACUCUUGAGAAAGGAACUAUUCGUGGAGAUGCUGUCUUUUCAGGUAAAGAAGGCUAAAUGUCAAAAUCCUGGACUUGGAAAAGAUGGCGAUAUUUGCUUAGCACUGGGUGCACUGAUCAUGAUUGCCGUUGACUUCACGACUGGAGAUGAUCCAUGGCCUAUAUUUAAGUUGCAAAAAGAGUUCAAUGCACCAGGCAGAUCACCACCUCUUUCUACGGAGUUUUAUACUGGCUGGCUUACGCACUGGGGAGAAAAUAUUGCAAGCACUGAUGCUGCUUUUACAGCAGCAUCCCUGGAAAAAAUCUUGUCAAGGAAUGGGUCUGCUGUGCUUUAUAUGGCGCAUGGUGGAACAAACUUCGGAUUUUAUAGUGGUGCAAACACUGGUGUUAAUGAAUCUGACUACAAGCCUGAUCUUACAUCCUAUGAUUAUGAUGCACCUAUCAGAGAAUCUGGUGAUGUAGACAAUGAUAAGUUCAAAGCUCUGCGCAGAGUUAUACAAAAGUAUAGUGCAGCACCUCUCCCUUCAGUCCCUUCAAAUAAUGAGAAGGCAGAAUAUGGACGUAUCCAGUUACAGAAAACUACAUUUUUGUUCGAUAUACUUGGUAAUAAAAACCUUGUUGGCAAAGUUGAAUCUGAAAAUCCGGCAUCAAUGGAGUCUGUAGGCCAGAUGUUUGGGUUUCUGCUGUACGUAUCGGAAUACACUGCGAAAGGCAAUGGAAGUGUUCUGUCCAUUCCAAAGGUGCAUGACCGAGCUCAAGUAUUCAUGUCAUGCCUUUCUGAAGAUAAUGGAGGUAGACCAAGAUAUGUUGGCACAAUUGGAAGAUGGCUGAAUAAGCCCAUUCACCUCCCUUAUAUUAAAUGUGUCUCCAACAUUAGAUUAUUAGUUUUGGUUGAAAACAUGGGUCGUGUGAACUAUGGACCUUAUAUGUUUGAUAGAAAGGGUAUUUUAUCUUCUGUUUAUGUUGAUGGAAAGCCUCUGCGUGAGUGGAAAAUGCUCUCAAUUCCUUUACACAACCAAAACGAAGUCCAGAAAAUUUAUCCCAUCAUUCUGGAUACAUAUUCCUAUUCCAUUAAAGUAUCUGCCCGGAAAAAGUUGAAAGAUAACGUAGAUUAUUCCCCGAAAGUACCAGCUUUUUAUGCUGGUCAUUUUGUUGUGGACAAAAUUAAGGAUACGUUCAUGUCAUUUAAUGGCUGGGGUAAAGGGAUUGCUUUUGUCAACAAAUAUAAUGUAGGAAGAUUUUGGCCGUCCUUCGGACCACAGUGCAACCUUUAUGUUCCUGCUCCAAUCCUUCGACGUGGGAAAAAUGAUUUGGUGAUACUUGAGUUAGAAUCUCCAAACCCUAAGCUUUUAGUGCGCUCAGUUGCCCAGCCAGAGUUUACGUGUGGUUCAAAAAGUUUAAGAAUACAUCAGCUCUGA